CUCUGGGUCCCUGAGACAUGGGUCCCACUCAGGAUCACACUUUGUGUCCCCAGCCCCUGAGGCCCUGGCACCUCCCUCUCUCCUCUUCCUUCCUGACAGACAAACCCCACAUCCAGAUUCUGGAGCCACUGGUGUCUGGCCGCCGAACACAGCUAGCUUGCAGCCUGCCAGGGGCCUGUGAAAGGGAACAGCAUUUCACCUUCUCCUGGGUGGGAGCCGCUGUGGGCUCGCUGAACCCCCAGACCCUCCGCUCCUCCUCCUCGGUGCUCACCUUCACCCCGAGGCCCUGGGACCAUGGCACCAGCCUCACCUGUCAGGUGAAACGGGAAUGGCCUCAGUUGACCACACAGAGAACCAUCCAGCUCAAUGUCUCCUAUGCCCCAGGGAACCUCACCAUAGGCCUCUCCUUCAGGAAUGACACAG